CAUUAUUGCAUUAGAAUUCAAGAACAGACGCAGCCUGACGGUAUCGCUGAUUAUUCUGUCGACGAAACUGCUGCUGCGUCGAACAACUCCGGUUCGGCGUCACAACAGUCAAUCGCGUCAAAGAUGUCUCGAUCGCGCUCUCGUCUCUUCGACGCUGAUAACCCGGGAGAAACAAGGCUUUAUUUGAACGUUGGAGGGCAGAGACACGAAACAUUUGUGAGUACUUUGGCAAGCAUACCUGACACGCGGCUGGCAUGGAUAGCUGAACGAGCUCUGAAGGAUCCAAGACCGCUCGGACAAAAGCGAGAAUUUUUCUUCGACCGGAAUCCCGCAGUUUUUACACAUAUUCUCAACUACUAUCGCACAGGGAAACUACAUUGUCCAAGGGAUGUGUGUGGACCACUCUUUGAGGAAGAACUUAACUUCUGGGGUCUGGACGAAAAACAGAUUGAAACUUGUUGUUGGGCAAAAUAUGAUGAACAUCGCGACGCUGAAGAGAAACUUCAAGGCUUCUCACGAGACGAAGAUCAAGAUUCAGACUUUGAAAACAUCGACAGCGGGUCUGGUGACAUCGAAAUCCCUAGUAGUGGAAGUGAACUUUGUGCCUCGCACGACUCAGCUCGGCGGGUCACAACAGCAGCUGCGCGCUGGAGGCAUCCAUGGCACACGAUGAAGAAAAAAAUAUGGAAAACAUUUGAUGAUCCUUACUCAUCGAAAUUUGCAAGGGUACGUAAAACAUCCUUCUUAAUAGUUGGCGCCAGCAUAUUAGUCAACGUUUUUAUACUUAAUUUUUUUUUAGCUUAGGAUACCUAAGACAUAGACUUCUGGCGUUGUGAAUAGUAUUCAGUGUAGUCUAAUUCUUCAGUCAUUGCUCAGUUGCUGAUCUGGGUUUGUUUUGACUUCACCGCGUUUCAUCAAUUUAUUUACUUGUGAGUUACCCUCAGUCGAAUCUUUUUAAAUAAAAAGUAAAAAAGCUUUUCCCUUAGAUACUUUCACACAUUAUGAUGAUCAUUUGCUUUCAACUUUGAAAUUGUUUGCAUUAGAAAAUACAAAAGUUGCCACGUCGUGAUAAAACGUAUCGCUUUUAUCGCUUGAAAUAUUUUGUAUUCGCAGCAUUAAUGAUGAUCCAGGUCUCGUGAAUGAUAGUUUACAUUUAAAUAUUUUUUUUUGCUCUCCAUGUAUCUGGUUUUAGCUCUCAUAACAUUGGUGGUUCGGGCUUUCUACCUUUUAUAUUCAAUAAAUUUGCGGAAGAAGAAUGAUCGGAAAAGCAAACAUUUAAAUAAAAUAAUUCGGGCUAAAAAUUUUCAUCCGAGCCUAGGGUAUGUGAUUUUAAUGUCGAAGCGAUGGAGACUUACGACCGACAAUCACUCGUUUGUGUUAGCAGCCUCGUAUCAUGAGUCGCAGAAUCUUUGCUUACUGUCAGGGAAUAAGACGUUCUUUCCUAAUUUAGUCUUAACACUGUUUGUUCAGUCUUCUAUUAAGCGACCUCUUCUAAUGAAUGAAAGUACCUUUAUUCUCUUUGUGAUUGGUUGAACUAAGACUUAACGUCGACUAUUGAAAAUGCCGCUUCCGAUAUUUUAGGUUGAAAAUGAAUUACUCCUUCCUCGACUUGAAAGAUAUCAAAAAGCAACAAGAUAAAAGCCAUGAUAACAAAGGAAAAUUUCUUAGGGACCCGUGAGAUAAGAACAGAAAGGAAUACUGUAAACCACUUUACGAGUAUUUCAAAUUCUGUCUAUUGUUUACAUCAAAGAAUAAAGAUGUACUAAUCAAUUCAAAAUAAAAGAUAAUUUUGAGGCCUUAUUUUUCGUGGGCCUUAUAUUCGCUUUUCCUUUCUUUACAUACGAGCAGGUGAGCAAGUGUUUGAAAGACAAAUGUCUCGUUCUGUUCCUAGAGAGAAAAAUCUUUUGUUAAUGUGUCAAAUAUUCUCAAGAGCUCUAGAAAUUUGUCUUAAAUUAGAUAACUUAUUUCUUUUAGUUUUGAAAGCUUUUCUUACCUUUCCAAACUUUGAUCAUUAAAUUACGAUGAAAAUCAGAGCUUUAUUUAAUAACUGGUCUUGAAAGAAUAUUCAGUGUUGCCGUGGCAAGUAACAUCUAGUUCCUUUUUUUGAUACUUCAACUUAUUUUCAGUUAAUGUAUUCAACUACAUGACGAAAACGAAGAAUUAAAACAUUACCAUAAAAGGUUGAUAUCUACUUUCCAAAGUAAUAGUCAUAAUGCGUUCUAAUUAUCCACAUGUAGUUCAGAAAAAAAAAGUAAUUGGUGAUCAGGUGAAUAUUAUGACGGUUACGGUUACUUAUACUAAAUUUUAUGGCUAAAUGUUGUGACUCCUGAAUAACUUAUGUUGAAACGGGUAUGGAGAUUUCCAAUGUAUUUGAUUCCACUAACCCUUGAACAGUUUGAGGCUACCUCAAAGUCCUCACGAAGGUCAGAGGCAAGCGCCUAAGGUUGACUUUGAAGAGACGAUCGGAUACAACUGAGUGGUUUUGCGGGAGUUCCUUCAUUGUUAUCAAUAUUUUUAUUUCUAUACAAAUUAUUCGCUUCAAUGUUUCUUUAGCCAGAACUGGCAACAUAUUAUGGUGUGCGUCAAGUCAGUUUUCCAAAAUAAAGUAUCCAUUUUGUCCCCUUUAAAUGAUUGCUGGCCGAUUACUCACAGCUUCGUAACUAUGCGUUUAGUAACCAUGCAAUUAGUAACCGUGCAUUUAAUAACCAUGUAAUUAGUAACCAUGCAUUUAAUAACCAUGCAAUUGGUAACUAUGCAUUUAAUAACCAUUCAUUUAGACUACGCAUAACAAUGAACAUGAUAUUAUUUUGACUUUGGAUACGGCAGCUUUUUCUCAGUGAUACGUCUUUAGAAACAUGCAACUUACAAGGUAACAGUAUAUUCAAACUUAGACAAGUGAUCCAGUGAUCUUUGGAUCAAUUGAACACUGUAAGAUCACAGUUGAUCUACAAAUAUGCAUAAACGAGCAAACAGAAAAAAAACAUAUUUUUAUACAGCUUUUUUUUACAUUUUGCUUAACAGGCCGUCGGCUUUAUAUCUCUCAUUUUCAACGUAGCGGUCGUCACACAGUUUUGCAUCUUGACUUUGGACUACUUCAGUAAUGAGCACUCUCCACAGAAUCAAGUUCUUUUCAUCAUUGAGUCUAUAGCAGUUUCUUGGUUCACAUUAGAUAUCGCCAUUCGUCUACUAUGCUGUCCUGAUCGACGUCGUUUUCUAAGAACGCUUCAAAACUGGGCUGACUUCAUUGCCAUCAUUCCAUUCUACUUGGUUAUCUUGACUCCAUAUGACGAAAUACUCAGAAACUUCACAAUUUUUUACGUAUUUCGAAUGUUCCGCACCUUUCGACCAUUAAAAUUUUCUUAUGUUAUGCAAGUCUUUACACAAACACUUCGUGCCAGCUCACGUGAACUGUACUUCUUGAUUUUCAUCCUUGCGCUUGAGGUGGUGGUUUAUGGCAGCCUCGCUUAUUACUCCGAGCGAAAGACCCCUGAAACUAAAUUUAUCAAUAUCCCAGUCUCGUUCUGGUGGGCACUGGUUACCAUGACAACGGUAGGAUACGGUGACAUGUUUCCAACGACCCUGCCGGGUAAGCUGGUGGGUUGCGUGUGUGCUAUCAGUGGGGUUCUUAUGAUAGCACUACCAGUAUCUGUCGUGGCCAGCAACUUCUCGUUGUAUAAUUCCUACGCCAAAGUUAAGCUCAAACUCCCUUCAAGGGGAAAGAAAAAUAUGGUGGAUAAUGCUCUGAAAGCGUUGCAACUUGCUACGCCGCAAACCAGUGUAAGUGUUGCCUCACCGGACGGCGCAAACGGUAAUGGAAGAGGUCGAUAUUCAUCGCUGGUAACCUCAGGAAUUGAAUUAGGAUUAUUGAAUUCUACAAAGAAAAGUCCUUGUGAAGAAAUGGACGUUUUACCUAACUACGAAUCUACCGACAACAGACGAUACGGGAGACGCUCGGCGCAUUUCUCGUUAAACUUGAUUCCAAUAAGAGCACAUCCAGAGCUUCCUGAAGGCGACAGUGAAUCAGAAGAUAGCCCAAAGGGACUGGACUGUAAUCGUUUAAAACCUGCAAAUGAUAAAGUCACUUAA